UAUUGGUCCCCCCCCCUGCCGUUACCUGCUGAGGUAGUUGGGGUUAAUAUCUGAGAUGGCGGCGGCUGAGCUGGAGUAUGAGUCUGUUCUGUGUGUGAAGCCUGAUGUCAACGUGUACCGCAUCCCGCCGCGCACCUCCAACCGCGGAUACAGGGCUUCUGACUGGAAACUGGACCAUCCGGAUUGGACAGGGCGACUUCGUGUGACCUCCAAAGGCAAAACCGCAUACAUAAAACUAGAGGAUAAGGUUUCAGGGGAGCUUUUUGCUCAGGCUCCCAUAGACCAAUACCCUGGCAUUGCAGUGGAGACGGUGACAGAUUCCAGCCGCUAUUUUGUCAUUCGGAUUCAGAAUGGAACUGGACGAAGUGCUUUCAUUGGCAUUGGCUUCGCGGAUCGGGGUGAUGCAUUUGACUUCAACGUCUCUUUGCAGGAUCACUUCAAGUGGGUGAAGCAGGAGACUGAGAUCUCCAAGGAAUCCCAGGAAGCUGACACACGUCCCAAAUUAGAUUUAGGGUUCAAGGAAGGACAGACCAUCAAACUGAACAUUGGGAACAUGACAACAAAGAAAGGAGGGGCAGCCAAGCCCCGUGCAUCUGGAUCAGGGGGCCUAAGCCUGCUGCCACCCCCACCAGGAGGCAAAAUUGCUGUCCCUCCCAUCCCUCCCCAUUCUUCCACAGCCAUUGCCAGCCAUGUCACACCACCGCCCAUGCUGAAAUCCAGUAACGUGAGCAGUGCAGAUAUUCUGUUAGACUUAGGCACUCCUGCAUCUGCAUCCAAGGCACCAGCUACCACAGACCUCUGGGGAGAUUUCAAUGCUGCAUCCAGUGCUGUUCCUAAUCAGGCUCCUCAGCAAUCCAACUGGGUCCAGUUCUAAAUGGUCAAAGCAGUGAAAUGGAACAAACUGAUGACCAAGAGGCUCCAGAAGCAGCAAAUGGGAUCAGAGGAGGCACAAACCUCUCUAGUCUUCAAUCAAAAACAAGUCAGGACAAUCCCUCCUUUUUAAAGUAGAUCUUCAUUUCAGUCAAAGCUUACUAAUUUUGAUCUCACAGUAAAACCACUGAACCUAAAGAGAACAUACUGAUGCCUCACAUGGUGGGCAAGGAGGAAAGAGGUAGCUUCGUCUCUUCUACCCACUUGGCUGUUACAUGGUGCAUCCUAGCUCUUUUUCCACAUGCUUCCAUACAGGGAAAACAAAAAUCCUGAGGAAAGUGGGUACAGGAGGAGGCUGGGUAGGUGCAUCUGGGUUCCUUGUCCUUUAAAUCUUUCUGGUAUGGCCUGUUGCUUUCUGUGGCUGCUUCCAGUAGUGACUUGAGUCUCUGCAGCUUGGCCUACGGUGUUGAGGGCAGCUAUGUUUGGCUGCGACUCAUAAAUGGAAGCUACAGGGAGAUAGGUUUUGUCUAUCUCUCUAAGUCUCAACACAAAAUCCUGUUUGAUUAAUUAUGGCAUGUUUGUGGUGAGGAGUGAACCUCCCCAUGCUCACACUACUCUUCCUCUGUUUGGUGCAAUUCUUGGUAGUGCUCGAUGUUCCUGUGCUCUUGUGGGAGGAGACAUGCAGGACACUAAGUAGACCUGCUGCUGCCACUGUGCUGUGGCUCCAAAUGGGCACACCACUAUGAGGCUCCUUGUUUGGCUUGUAGGUUCACUGGAGGAACUUCUUGCCCCCUUCCCCCACCCCCAAUGCAAAGAUCUCCAUGUCAUUGAAAUGGAGGUAUAAAGAGCUUGGAAAUAGCUUUCUUUUAAAAAAAAAAAAAAAGAGAGAGAGAGGAGAGAAGCCUUUUUAUAAUUUAGUAGUUACUUACACUAGAUGACAACCAGAUGAUCCCACCUCUCAGCAUUUCAUGUUCCUGCAUCACUAUCCUGAGCCCUAUGUAUUUGUCCAGCAGUACAUGUGGUGACUGUGCACUGUUACAGGUAUUACACAGCAGUAAGAACCAUGGUGGGAAAAUGGGGUAUUCUGUAGUGAAGGGACACCUCCUCUCCCCCUUUCACUUCACACUCAUCAUUUGGGCAAGAAAUGUGUACGAAGCCCAAUCUUGAGAGCUGUGGCAGCUGGAUUUCCCACCUGUGUUCCUUCUUGUGGUUGUCCUUUUGAAGCUAACUUUCUAGUGGUAUAAUCUGGUUGUUGUAACUUUUUAAUUUGUCCUGAAGAGUCUCUACUUUCCUGUAUAUUUUAGGAGGUUAGAAAGUCGGAGGUAGAAGGCCUAAGAAAGUCUCUCCUGUUCCAUUUGUGAGAGAUAAGGGCCCUCUUAGUCUGUAAACUAUCCCACCUAUAGCAGCUAUGGAUGUGAUCCUGGGUAUGAGUCUGCCGGUUACCCUGGGCAACAUUCCAGGGAAGGCUAGAAAACACAAGCCCCUCCAUGCUAGCUGAUUAGCCAAAACACUAGCAGCAAAGAUGGUCUCAAUGACCUUCCUGUAGCUCUGACCCACUUCAUAGAACGCUAGACUUCUGUAUUUCACAGGAAGGCUUCUUGUGAACAUUCAACCAGCAGCAAGACUCUUGUCACUGAGAUACCCUCUGCAAGGGCGUC